CCAUCAUUCCUUAAAUUAUCUGACUAUUGAAUCAUUCAUCAUUACAGUUAUUGCAAGUAUAUAUGCAUCUCCUUACCAAUGAGUACCCGAGUAACUUCAACACCUUCGAUACUGAUGCCUCAUGUCUCUAUCAUGACGAAGAUGAUGCGCAAGUUAAACGGCCAAGGGACCCGCACCCAUCUCCCACCAUUCCCAAUCAGGCUACCCAUGUCUCGCGCACUGAUCAUCAGGAACACACAGUGCCCCCCAAGAUCAGCCUAGUCGCUUCUUGGCCGCCAACACCGUUUCCCGCCCGGCCAAUCAGAUACCCGCGCUGGACACGCGCGCCCCAAAUCUCACCAAAGUGUCUUACGCUCGUCUUACUCUGCUCUGCUUCUAUCUAUUGCAAUAAUUGUAUGAAGGCAUCUCCAACAUGUAGAAAAUAGAUAGAUAGAGAGAGCGAGAGAUAAAUGUAAUCUCACACACCUGCGCCACGAAGUCUGCAUCUGGUUAUUUUAUAUUUACACACAUGUCUCUCCUUCGUUGUUGCCUAAGACAAGACCUGUCGCCAUCCUCACUAAAAUAACCCAACUCUAUCAAUCUCGUAGUUACACACAUAUAUCAUGACUUCGACUAUUAUCAACACGCACAUGUCAGCCAGCCCGCAAAGGCAGCCCAGACCGCGGCCAGUCCAGUCCAGUCGGGUCCUCCUUAGC